AGAGACAAAGUCCGUUAAUUUGCGGAGCCAAACUCUCUCUCUAGAUUAGCUCCUUUGGAUUGUCCUGAGUCAGGCAACUGAAGAACGGACUGAUAACUGAAUGCAGAACUUCGGCCGUGCCGAGGCACUUUCGCUGCAAGUCAAAGGAUGCGAGAAAAGGUACACAGAUAACCGAAGCCUAUAUGUGAAAAGGAUCGCUCCUUCUUUCACCCCACGUUUUCCAUCCUUGCACCCUAUUUUCCAUCUAUAUUUUCAUCUUUGGUCCUAGCAAACAGACAGCCAAAAUGGCCAUCUCAAACAGACAGCUCAUCUACGCCAACACGCCGUCCCCGGCCAUCGACCCCUCCUUGACCAAUGGAACCUUCAAGCUCAACACAACCUCCAUCCCCGACCAGAUCCCCAAUGACAAAGUCCUCGUGCGCGUGCACUACCUCUCCCUCGACCCGGCCAUGCGCCAAUGGCUCACAGCAAAACGCGUCAUGCGCGGCCAGAGCAUCGCACAGGUGAUCGCGGUCGGAAGCGGACUACAAUCCCAAUACAAGGUCGGCGACUGGGUCGUCGCUUACUCCGGGUGGCAAGAGUACUGUCUGCUGGGACCCAAGGAGGCUCAGAAGGUGGUCGUCCCUCCCGGCUGCCAGCCCACCGAUGCCAUGUCGGUGCUCGGAAUGACGGGGUUGACUGCCUACUUUGGCAUGAUCGAGGUCGGACAGCCGAAGCCCGGCGACACCGUCGUAGUGUCUGGUGCGGCCGGCGCGACCGGCAUGGUCGCCGGACAGAUUGCCAAGGUCAAGGGAGCCAAGCGGGUUGUUGGCAUUGCGGGCAGUGCCGACAAGUGCGAGUUCCUGGUCAAGGAGCUUGGAUUCGAUGCGGCGAUCAACUACAAGGAUAAGGAUUGGAAGAAGCAGUUGAAGGAGGCUACGCCCGAGUACAUUGAUGUGUACUUUGACAAUGUCGGAGGAGAAAUUCUCGAUGCUUGUCUCGCGCGGGCCCAGAAAGACUCUCGGUUCGCGAUCUGCGGUGCGAUCAGCCAGUACAACUCGGCCAAGCCGCAGGGGCCUGCGAGCUUCAUGAACGUCAUUUCGCAACGAAUCACAAUGAAGGGUUUCAUCGUGUUCGACUAUGCGAAGAAGUAUGACAUUGCCUUGAAGGAUCUGUCGACAUGGUUGACCCAGGGGAAGAUCAAGCGCAAGGAGCAUAUCAUCCGGGGUGGACUGGAGGCGGCGCCUCAGGGUCUAGUGAGCCUUUACGAGGGUGCCAAUACCGGCAAGAUGAUGGUUGAGGUGGCACCUGUUAGUGAGGCUAUUGGAGCCAAGGCCAAGCUGUAGUUUGUAUACAUAAGUAAUGUAAGCUUGCUACAGGAUAUUCUAAGCGUGCAUUGAUUUCUGUCAUGACUUCAAUGUUAUGAAAGGGCAUGUAAAUAGAACGUGGUAGUGCAUUUUGUAUUGGAACUUUGCGUUGAGAUUUGCAUGGAGAUCAAGGUACACAGAUGACAGCAAC